GAAACGUCACGGCGGUUAUGUUGCCCGGCAAUAGCAUUCAGUUGCAUACCACUGUUGGGAAAGUAGUGUGUGUGGGGAAUGUUUGUGAACAGAAGCUUUAUUAAGUAACAAUGCCAUACGCAAAUCAACCCUCCGUGCAUAUAACAGACCUCACCGAAGAAAAUGUUAAGUUUCAAAUUGAAGAUACUGAAUUGAGUGUUGCGAACAGCAUGAGAAGAGUAUUCAUCGCAGAAACACCCACAAUGGCAAUUGACUGGGUGCAGCUUGAGGCAAACUCCACAGUUUUAAGUGAUGAAUUUCUGGCACACCGAAUUGGUCUCAUACCCUUAACCUCGGAUGAAGUUGUGGACAGAAUCCAGUAUACAAGGGAUUGUACUUGUGCAGACUUUUGUCCAGACUGUAGUGUUGAAUUUACAUUGGAUGUUAAAUGUAAAGAUGACCAGACACGGCAUGUAACAACAGCUGACUUAAAGUCAAGUGACCCCAGAGUUGUUCCUGUUACUUCAAGACACAGAGAGGAUGAAGCUAGUGAAUAUGGAGAGACAGAUGAAAUCCUGAUAAUUAAGCUGCGUAAAGGACAGGAAUUAAAACUGAGAGCAUAUGCAAAGAAAGGUUUUGGUAAGGAGCAUGCAAAGUGGAAUCCAACUGCUGGUGUGUGUUUUGAAUAUGAUCCUGAUAAUUCAAUGAGACAUACUCUCUUCCCAAAACCAGAUGAAUGGCCAAAAAGUGAAUACACAGAAUUAGAAGAUGAUUCACAACAUGAGGCUCCGUACACUUGGGAAGCUAAGCCAAAUAAAUUCUUCUUCAAUGUGGAGAGUUCUGGAGCUCUGCAUCCUGAGAACAUUGUGAUGAUGGGUGUAGCUGUACUGAAAAACAAGCUGUCUAACCUUCAGACUCAACUCAGCCAUGAACUUCAGCAUGAUGCUCUUACAAUUAGUUAAUUAGUUUAGGGGAAAAUUCUGGAAAUGUAAUUAAAGUUAAUAAAACAUAUAGGUAUGCCUUUAUCACAUAGAAAUAACAACAAAUGUUCCUUCUAAGCUGUAGACUCUCUAUCAGUCAUGGCACAGCUAAGCGCUGUUUCCCGUUGUAUUUCCAGUAUUAAAUAAUUAUUCAUAUUGAAUAGGAAACUUCAUAAUUGUUUGUAUUUUCUGUAAUUCAUCUCCUACAGUUUGAUAAUAACAAUUUCUUUGUAUCAAGUUGUGUAUAAUGCAAUGUGUACUUCAUAAGAAUGUAAAUUAUUUGGCGGAAAAGAAGAAGCAAGUUACCAGGAAAGGACCCAUGAAGAGGUCUUCUUUAUAAUGCAUUCUUUGUUUGUAAUACAUAAUGGGGAGAUUUCGCCUGUC